AUGAAUACCGUAGCAUCGGCACAGCCUUGCCUCAACGACGGCCAGUGCAACUACGCCAUCAGUUGGCUGGGAAUCCUUGCAAUGAGGAAUACCCUCAGUUCCCUGGUUUCAGGGUUCGGAACACUGCCUGUAUCGAAUAGGCCAUACUUCACCUCUGAUAUUCUGCGCGCACUCUACGGCGGGCCCGGCAACUUGACCCAGAUCAAUGGGACAUUCGCCUCCAUCGCCGCGGCGCUCACCGCAAAUGCCAGGAAUCGCGUUUGCCAGGGAACAGUGCCCGGCGACGCGUGGACGAAUGUACCAUACAUCCGCAUCCGCUGGCUGUGGAUGUUGCUCCCCGUCGCAUUGUACAUUUGGAAGUCCUCCCCGCUGGCGCUGCUGUGUGCGGACCUGCAAAUUGAUGGCUCGGUGCAGCCAUUGAAGUCGGGCAAGGUAGAUCCAGACCAGAAGAGAUUGGAUGAGAGGGCGAAAUUGGCAAAGGUUCGACUGGAGGCAGGGCCUUGGGGGUCACUGGUGCAUGGCCAUGUAGUUCAUGGGGCCUGA